UCGAUUGGUGAACUGGUUGGACAGUAUGGGGGCGAUUUCUAUACCAACCUUGCACGUGAUCGGAUUCAGCCUUGGCGCAGAGAUCGCUGGGUUUAUGGGGAAAGCCCUGUCACCGCGAAAAAAAGGGUUUAUUCCAGGUCGGUCGCAUCACAGGUUUAGACGCAGCCUAUCCUCUAUACAUGAACGCUGGCCGAGAAGGACACCUAACAGCAGCUGACGCUAUGUUUGUGGACGUGAUCCACACAGACGGUGGGAACUUUGGGUUUCCCAAUCCUCUAGGUCACGUGGACUUCUAUCCAAACGGUGGUAAACCGAUUCAACCUGGAUGCAAUCUGGGCAGCGUGAUCCGUAGGACCAUAUCACGAUUGAUCAAUGAGUACAUCGUCUGUGGACACAAUCGAGCAUGGAUGUUAUACGUAGAAUCAGUGAUGAAUCCAUUCGGUUUCCCGGCCAGCGUGUGUCCAAAAUGGCAUCCCAACAUCCGAGCAAAUUGCGCCUGGACCCCAGACGUCCUGAUGGGAUUCGCUGUCAACGUGAAAGUCAGGGGCAAGUUCUACUUGAGAACCAACCCUGAAUCACCUUUCGCCAGGAAUACCACCGGAUACAUAUUUAAGUGACUCCCAGGGGAUCGAGUUUGGAUGAACCAGACGCGCAGCAUCGAAGUCACUAGCAAUUUUUACAGUGCACUCCUCUCUAUUCGGGGGAGUUUAGCUUCCUCCCUACGGGAAAUAAUGGAAACAAUGGUGCAAAGUUUGUUCCUUCAGUAUUAUUUUGUUAUAUACACAUUAACCCUUUAUAGGGCAAAUUAUUUUUCUGAUGAUUCGUAUUCCCUA